GAUGGCAUUUCUGCCAGAGUGGCCGAGCAGGUGGGCUUCAAGGCCCUGUACAUGACAGGCUUCGGGACCGUGGGCAGUCACUUGGGUUUGCCGGAUGCCGGCCUUGCUUCCUACCGCGACAUGGUGGAGAGGGUGCGGACCCUCACGGCCCUCACGUCAGUGCCCGUCAUUUGCGACGGCGACACAGGCUUUGGUGGCCUACUGAAUGUGGCGCACACAGUGAAGGGAUAUGAAGAGGCAGGUGCGAGCGCCAUCCAGCUGGAGGACCAGGAAUUCCCCAAGAAGUGUGGUCACACCCCGGGGCGCAAGGUGAUUCCAUUCGAGCAAGCCGUGGCCAAGAUUCGUGUUGCGGCAGAG